GGUUCGCCAUAUGGAUAGGCCGUCUUAUCGGUUUUUCUCUCCCCCGGGAUAAAUAUGUAAAUCCUAUCCUAUCCAGUAGGCUAUAUUAAUAACACCAGUACUGGCUUUUUCGAAUCAGAUAAGAAAGAAUAGUAAUAACAUGAAAUGCAAUGGGUUCUAGUGACUGCUAUGCGUAUAGAGUGUCUAUAAUUCUUCCAUUGUAUAAUGGUGAAAAGUGGUUGGAAGAAUGCUUGAAUUCUGUUCUCGAACAGACUUUUGACCAACGGAUUCAACUAUGCGUCUAUAACGAUGCAAGUACAGAUUCUUCAAUGAAUGUUUUGAAUGCCUAUUCUGGACGCCUUGCGAAGAAAAAAAUUGAAUUGGUAUUGACACAAGGAGACAUUGAAGGGGGACCAAAAGGUUGCGGCUAUGCGAAGAAUAGAGCAGUUGCAUCAAGCUCAGGAGAAUAUUUAUGUUUUCUCGAUGCUGAUGAUAUUAUGGAGAAAGAAAGAAUACAUGAACAACUUAUUGCAGCUAUGGAAACAAGUGAAGAUACUUUGAUUGGUUCAAAAGUUAAACGAGAACCUGAAGGCUCAACAGUUCGAUACACUAAAUGGAUUAAUGAGAUUUCCCAGGAACAACUUUAUACACAAAUUUAUACAUCAAAUGGACCAUCAGUUGUUAUGCCAACAUGGUUUUGUCACAGAAAUGUUUAUGAUAAAGUUAGUGGUUUCAAUGAGGGCGGAAAAGGAGUACCAGAGGAUUACUUGUUCUUCUUGGAACAUUUGAAAUUGGGAGGAAAGAUACUUAGAGUGGAUAGAGUUUUACUUAUGUACAGACACCAUCCAGAUGCUACUACUGCAUCUGUGUCAGAAAAUACAAUUUGGAAGAUUCGAAUUGAGGUAAUUCAAGAAAGAGUAUUGAAAGACUGGAAGCAAUUUACAAUUUGGAAUGCUGGGAAGCAAGGACGUAAAUUUUAUCGGGACUUGACUGAUGAAAAUCGAGAAAAAGUUUCAGCAUUUUGUGAUGUUGAUACAAAAAAGAUAGACAAGGGAGUUUAUAUUUUCGAAAAUUCCCCUUUGAAAGUAAAACCCAGAGUACCUAUUUUACAUUUUUCUAAAGCGGUAAAACCGUUCGUUAUCUGUAUGAAAUUGGAUUUGACAGGUGGUGAAUUUGAGAAAAACUUAAAUUCUUUGAAUCUUGUGGAAGGCGUGGAUUAUUUUCAUUUCAACUGAAUCUUUGGAAGUUUUGCUAACGUAGUACAUUUAUUUUCAGUGGCAAUACUUUUUUUUAUAUUUUUGAGAUACUCAUUUUAACAGUUUUAUGGUGCAUUACUUAACAAUUUUAAAUCGAAAGUUAACAUGAGUUAUUGGGUAUAAUCUCCUUAUUACAUAUUUUAUAAAUGUUUAUGUGAGCACUUGUUGCUGGCAUGGUCCUGUGUUCCGGCAAACAGCAUCUUCAUGACCUAUCAAAUGUAAUUACUAUAUGACCAUAAUGGUUUGUUUACUUUAUGCAAAGCAAAUAAAUGUACGGGCAUGAAGUGUCUUAAAGUAUAUCAUCUAAUUCUAUCGUACUCACACCACA